AUGGCGUCACAGCAAAAGAAAAUUACUACGAGAACUGCUGCGGCGGUUACUAAAGCCGGAGCGUCUAAUCAAAAGACCCUUAUUAAAAAUUCCAACUCAUUAUUGCUGGGCUCCAAUUUCAAGAUUGGCAAGAAAAUAGGUAGUGGAAACUUCGGAGAAGUUCGACUAGGAAAAAACGUAGUGACCAACGAAGACGUGGCCAUAAAAACGGUAUUUUUAAGAUACUGAUUAUAUAAAAUAUAGAGUAAUCAAAUUUUUUUUUUUUUUUUAUAUCAUAGAGAAUUUUAAAAAUGUUCUCAUUUUCAAAAUUGAUAGUAUAUUUUAUUUAAUUCAAGUUUUUUAGAAUCUAAGCGUAAAAUGGUAUCUAAUAUUUUAAAUUUUAUAAUAUUUAUAACUAUUUUGACAUUAUUUAAUAACCUGCCUGAUAACCUAAUCACGAACGGCUUUGUGUAUUUUACGUUAUAAUAAUGUUCAUAUACAUUGACAAUAUUUUAAAAACCAGUGAUGUAUUUAAGGGGAUGCGUGAGGUAGAGCCAAAAAUCAAAUUUGAUACGGAACUAUAAAAAAUUAUUGUAAAAAUUUUAAUAUACCAAAAAUAGGUUACCCGAAAUAGGUUCACAUUUUCUUGUUUAAAAUGAAAUCACUUCAAAACAAUAUGAACGAUAAUUUUAGAGCCAAUUUAAUUAAAAUUAAAUUAUAUACAUGUAUAAAUUAAUAACAAUUUCUUUCUUUUUUUAUUGUAGGUGCAUGUUAUUGUUUAACAUGCCUGUUUCAAAGUUCUAUGUCUCCAUCCUUGAAACAUUCUAAAUACCUCACAAACUAUUGUAUAUAUAUAUUAUUAAUAACGAUAUAGUGAAUUAGAUAAAAUAGACAAAUAUAAUAUUAUUUCUUAAAUUCAUUGUUGCCACACUCAAAGGUCAAAACUUAUAAGUUAAAUACAAUUAAAAUGAAGUUGCUUAAAAUUAAGAUUGAAAUUAAAUCAUUGUAUCAUUGUAACCUAACCUAACCAUAUGUAUAUAGGAGUCUGCAAGUGCAAAAAUCCCACAACUCAUAUUUGAAUAUCAGUUUUACAGACUAAUAGGAGCCACAGGUAAGUGAUCGUAAAAACGUUAAAUGUAUUUCAUAUUUAUUUGUGUAUAUUAAUGUAUACAUAAUUUAUUAAUUAAUUUAAGAUUCUGAGCGGAGCGAGGUAUUUAUUGGUUUUACAAUGGUGUUUAUUUUCUUUUUAUUUGUAAACAACUUUUCUACCAGCAAUUUUACUCAGAUUUUCACGUGUAGCACUUUUUCUGAAAGUAAAUCUGACUGGGAAAGUACUUAAGGGAGGUUUUUAUAAUCAAAUUUGCUUCAUAUUUUUACGCUAAUUGAAUAAGAUAAUCAAAACCUAGAUGGAAUUUCCGAAAAGAUAAUUGGACUAACUUCAAACUAUAACUUGAUAAUGACAUAAGAUGGAUCCCUCCAGUUCCCCAAAACUACUCUCGCUUCAUUAACCUGGUUAUUGCAACAGCAAAGAAACAUAUUCCGAGAGGAUAUCGCAAAGAAUGCAUCCCGUGCUGGGACAAAGAAUCCACCAGACUAUUUAACCUCUUUAACAAAACACCAAAUAGUGAUAUAGCGAAAAAACUAUUGGAUUCACUAACUUCAUCUUGCAAAGAAAGGUGGUUGACCACGGUAGAAAGCUUGAAUUUUAAAUUCUCUAGUAGAAAAGCCUGGCUACUACUAAGAAAAUUAGAUCCAAAUUCCAAUAAGAACAAAAGUAAACCACCAAACAUAAACCCUGAUGUUAUAGCGAAUCGAAUAGUAAAAACCUCCAUGGCGCCCAUGGACAAACCAUUUAACAAGAGUGUAAACGCUGAACUACGAACCUUAAAACAAAAGGCUAAAUCCAAAUCUGAAAUUGCUCGCAAUUUUUCGCCCAAGGAAGUAGAAGUGUCUAUAAACAGUUUAAGAAAUGGGAAAGCAUCUGGGAUAGAUGGUAUUUCUCCAGAAUUCAUAAAGAACUGUGGCCUACGCGUAAUAUCAUGGCUCACAAGAUUUUUCAAUGAAAUUUUAUCCACUGGCUAUCUCCCACUAAUUUUUAAGAAAUUGAAGAUAAUCGCAGUUCUAAAGCCUGGCAAGCUCCCUAACGACGCAGCAAGUUAUAGGCCAAUCGCUCUGCUCUGCACUUGCUAUAAACUACUUGAAAGGCUCAUCUACAACCACAUAAUGCCAAUCAUCAACCAACAUGUUCCUAUUGAACAAGUAGGAUUUAGACCUAAUCGUAGCUGCUGUGACCAAGUUUUAUCUCUCACUACUUUCAUAGAAGACGGCUUCGAAAAGUGCUUGAAAACAGCCGCCACAUUUAUUGACUUAUCCAGUGCUUACGACACAGUAUGGAGAAAAGGCCUGCUCCUCAAGUUCUUACGAAUAAUUCACUGCCAGACAUUAAAAAAUCUUCUAAAUAACAUGUUAAGUAAUCGUCAAUUUGUCAUCCACCUCAAUAACGACACAAAAAGUAAGAAGAAAACGCUGAACAAUGGACUACCCCAGGGAUCUGUUCUAGCUCCGCUACUAUUUAACCUAUACAUUAGUGAUCUACCCAAGACAGCCUCCAAGCAAUUCAUAUAUGCGGACGAUAUAUGUAUUGCAAACCAGGAUAAACUUCUUGAUAAUUGCGCAAACAUGCUUAGUUCAGAUCUCCAAACUUUAGAUAAGUUUUUAAUACAAUGGAGACUUACCCCAAGUCCCAGUAAAACCGAAACCACAGCUCAAUAAAAAAAUGGCAGACUAUAACCUGGAAAUUACCUACCGAGGAACCAGACUAAAGCAUGUUCCCCACCCAAAAUAUCUGGGCGUCACUCUGGACAGGACACUGACCUUUAAAACCCACUUAACCAAAGUUGCAUCUAAGAUUGACUCCGGCAUCAAUAUAAUUUGAAAAUUGACAGGUACAGAUUGGGGCGCUGACUCCUUGACGCUGAGAACUUCUAGUAUAGCUUUAGUCUGCUCUGUCGCUGAAUACUGUUCUCCGGUAUGGUUAAAUAGCACACAUGCAAAAAAGGUGGAUAUCAAACUCAAUCAAAACAUGCGCAAAACAGGCAAAAUCAAGACUACCCCCCUCGACUAGCUACCCGUUCUCAGUAGCAUCAUCUCUCCCCAACAUCGACGGCAAACAGCGUUACUUAAAUUGUGGUCAAAACUCAAUAACAAUACCACCCAUCUAAUUCAAGAACACUCUAAAUUCUAUAACAACCUAUGCAUACGCCGACUUAAGUCACGUAAACCUCCGUGGGAAACUGCUAUUAAACUUAACACUGCCAAAUAUGACGCAGUACAAUGCUGGAAAGAUGAAUGGGAAAAAUCAGAAUUAAGUAACUCAUCGCUCAUUAAAAACCCUACAAACAAACAACCUGGCUUCAAUUUACCACGGAGAAUUUGGACAACCUUAAACCGAUUACGUACAGGUCAUGGAAGAGUGGGACAUUUUACGCACAAAUGGGGAGUUACUUCUAACCCAGGUUAUGACUGUGGUGCCCCCAACCAGAACAUAGACCAUAUCAUACGAGAGUGCCCUAAGAGAAAGUUCGGAAGAAAGCUCGAGGAAAUUUUUAACGCGACCCCUGAAGCUAUCGAAUGGGUGAAAAGCCUGGACAUUAUUCUAUAGUCAUUAUACUUUUAUACUGUUGUUUAUACCAAUUGUCAUUAUAUUCUGUUUUGCUACCUGCUUAUUACUAUACAUAAAUUAUAUAUAUAUUGUUUCAUUGUCUAUACCAUACGAAUAAAUAAAUAAAUAAAUAAGCUAAUAAAAUAACAUUGUAAUAUUGUAAUAAUAUCUGAAUAAUAUUGUUGUUCUGGUACAAUUUAGAUAAAUCUCACACAAUGGAAGGCAUACCAAAAGUCUAUUAUUACGGAUUGGCUGAAAACCGGUGUAACGCAUUGGUUUUGGAACUCCUGGGCCCGACGUUGGAAGAUUUAUUCAAAAUUUGCGACAGAAAUUUUACAAUGAAAACUAUUUUCAUGAUUGCCAUUAACACGGUAUUAUCGUCAAGUUACAUCAACUACAUAUUAAACUAAUAGAUAUUAUAAUAUAACGUCAUAUAUUAGCUUCAUAGGAUAGAAAUUGUACACGACAAGGGAAUCGUGUACCGUGAUGUGAAACCCGAAAAUUUCGUCAUCGGCCGACACAAGAUGAAAAAAGAUAAUCUUAUUUAUAUAAUCGGUAAAUAACAAUUGAUAAAAGAAAAUAAUAAAUAUAAAUAUAUAUAUAUAUUAUAUAUAUUCAUUUAACUGUAGAUUUCGGAUUGGCCAAAGAGUAUAUAGAUCAAAAAACUAAAAAACACAUACCAUACAGGGAGAAAAAAAACCUCGUUGGCACGGCUAGGUACAUGAGUAUUAACACUCAUCUCGGAAAAGGUAGGUGAUAAAUUAAUAAAUGGAAAUAUUUUCAUAUACUUGCACUUCUUUUUUUGGGGGGGGGGUUCCCAGAACAAAGUAGACGUGACGACUUAGAAGCACUCGGUCAUAUGUAUAUGUAUUUGGCGAGGGGAAAUUUGCCGUGGCAAGGGCUAAAAGCGCCCAAUUCAAAGGAACGAUUCCAUAAAAUUGGCGAGAUGAAACGGAACAUUCCGAUCAGUAAACUGUGCGAAGGAUAUCCGGGUAAAAACCACUAAAAUAUAACAUUAAAAUCCGAAAUAUUAUCACGAUGGUUUUUUUUUAGAAAUAGCCGAGUACUUACAUUACGCCAGACGUCUUGAAUUUAACGAGAAUCCCGACUACAUUUACAUGAGAAAUAUUUUCAUAGAUUCUCUUAAAUUGAAAGGAUUAGCAGACGAUCGACAAUUCGAUUGGCUGGAGAAAGUGGUGGUAAGAUUUUUUUUUUAGAAUAUAAGUUGAACGGUUUAUGUAAGUAUUAUAAAUAAAUUAUUAUAGUCAAUGUUUUUCCUCUGUUUAGAAUUGUCUAGUCUCGUACUUAACCUUGUUGAGGAUCAAGUCGUAGGAGAAAAAAUAUUAUCUUGGCAAUGUAUUCUAGAUUGUUGGUUUAGCUGGUUUUAUUUAGCUAUAUUCUAUUAA